AUGCAACUAAUAGAACGACAUGAUUCUCAACAACAAACAGGAGAGGUCUCAGAAACUGUCUAUCGAGGACAGUUGAUGACUAAUGAAAAAUUCGAUAGAAGAAUUCGAGAUAAUAUUGGGGGCUUCUUCUCUGUUGGCGGCUUCUUAUCUACAAGAAUGAAGACAAAUGUAGCUCUUGCUUAUGCUGGUGAAGGCUCUGCACCGGAUACACAACAUGUUCUAUUUCAAAUUCAUAUCGAUAAUCAAGCUAAUAAGUUUGCCUAUGCAAAUAUUUCAAGUGAAAGCGCAUUCAAUGAAGCAGAAAGUGAGAUUUUAUUUACAAUGGGAGCAGUUUUUCGCGUGAAAGGUUGUGUAUGCGACAGUCAAGGUGUCUGGAUUGUUGAGUUAAAGUUGUCCGGGGAGGAAGAUCAAGAGCUACGAAGACUAUCGGAGUCUUUGGUGAAACAAAUUUCCACACCCAAAUCAUUGCUGAAUUUAGCGAAAUUAAUGAUUAUAAUGGGAGAGCAUGAGAAGGCGCUCAGAUUUGCGCUCCAGCAAAUAAAAGAUAACUUGACUACUUCCGACGAUGAAUCUCUCCGAACUUUGAGUAAUGAUUUUUGCUCGAUAUACGAGAGCCGAGGAGGUCAUGAAAAAUUAAUCGAAUUUAAUAAAAAAAUGCUGGAAUUUAAGUUAAAACGCUUUUCGUCUACUGAUCCAUCUCUUCUAUCGGAUUAUAAUAAUUUGGGAAUUGCAUAUAUGCAUUUGGGUAAUUAUGAUUCUGCUCUCUUGAACUUUAAUCAGGCGAUUAAGCACUGUAUGUAUGCACCGAAACAAAAUGAAGCUUUAAUUGCAGGCAUUUACAAUAAUAUUGGAAAGGUGCACGCGGAUCAAAAGCGUCCUAAACAAGUAAUGGAUGCUUACAAAGAGUCUUUAAACCUGAAAUCGAACACUCUUCCUCAUAACGAUCCCGCAUUUGCAAUUGCGCACAACAAUAUUGGCAAAUUGUAUUACAGUUUAAAGAAAUAUGAGAAAGCCAUCGAACACUAUAAGCUAGCAUUACAGAUUGGCAAACUUUCGCUUCAGUAUACACAUCCAAAUCUAGCAAUUAUCUAUGAUAAUUUAGCCAUGUCUUAUAAUAAACAAGGGCAGUUGGAAGAGGCACUGGAGUGUCGUAAGCAACUACAGGACAUCUACUCGAAAAACACGCGACUUAAUCGUCGCAAAGUUAUCAAAUGUGACAUAUGGAUUUAUAUGUCAUUGAGUAUAAGAUUAAAGCAGCCAAGGCAAGGGGGAAACUACUGA